AUGAAGUUUUAUGGGACUUACUUGUUUGUCUUAUUCAGUCUUCUCCUACUAUCCUCCUAUGUUAAUGGUGACCAUGUUUUUUUCGAUAGUUCAGUAAAUUAUGAUGAUGUCUUAAGGCUUGUGCCUAAGGGUCCUAAUCCUCGAGAGUCUCCACCGUUGGAUGUCUUCAGGCGUAUGCCUACGGGUCCCAACCCUCGGCAGUCACCACCGGUGCAAGAUUUCGAGCAUGAGGCAUUUGAUAGUUCAUCCAACCAUGAUGAUGUCUUAAGGCUUGUCCCCAAAGGUCCGAAUCCUCAGCAGCCUCCACCACUAAAUGUCUUAUCGCGUGUGCCGCCUUCAGGCCCGAAUCCUCGAGACUCUCCACUGUUGGAUGUCUUCAGGCGUGUGCCUAUGGAUCCCAACCCUCGGCAGUCACCACCGGUGCAAGAUUUCGAGCAUGGGGCCUUUGACAGUUCAUCCAACCAUGAUGAUGUCUUAAGGCUUGUCCCCAAAGGUCCGAAUCCUCAGCAGCCUCUACCACUGAAUGUCUUAACGAGUGUGCCGCCUUCAGGCCCGAAUCCUCGAGAGUCUCCACCGUUGGAUGUCUUCAGGAAGUCACCACCGGUGCAAGAUUUCGAGCAUGGGGCCUUUGAUAGUUCAUCCAACCAUGGUGAUGUCUUAAGGCUUGUCCCCAAAGGUCUGAAUCCACAACAGCCUCCACCACUGAAUAUCUUAACGCGUGUGCCGCCUUCAGGCUCGAAUCCUCGAGAGUCUCCACCGUUGGAUAUCUUCAGGCGUGUACCUAUGGGUUCCAACCCUCGGCAGUCACCACCGGUGCAAGAUUUCGAGCACGAGGCAUUUGAUAGUUCAUCCAACUAUGAUGAUGUCUUAAGGCUUGUGCCUAAAGGUCCGAAUCCUCAGCAGCCUCCACCGCUGAUUUCGAGUAUAAGACAUCAAAUAGUUUAUACAAUUUUGCUGAUAUCUCAAGGCGUGUACCUAAGGGACCUAAUCCUCGAGAGUCUCCACCAUUGA